GAAGUAGAUUACGUGAUGAGGGUCUUAUCGUGGCUGUGCUACGUAGAGAUAUAGUAAACAUUCUUCCGUGAAGGCAACGCGCCUGUAGUGGUAGUAGCCGCAGACUUCGCAAAGAAGGUGCGUUCGAAUUUCGCAAACUACCUUGCCACCAGACACGUUUUUUCGUUUUCCAGCAAUAACACGCGGUUGAUUUUGAUUAGGGAAAGUACAUGGUACUGGGUAGAGUAGACAAAGCGGUCAAACUCUACUUAGUUAGUUGGUCAAACUGUACUUGCGCAAGAAGACCGACUGCUCUCGACAACCUUCUGUAGGAACAACAGUGACAAAGACAUAGACAACGCGGGGCUGGCCUCGGCUACUCAUGCAAGCACGGCUUCUGCACCUGCUCGGCAAGCUGGUGGCGCUGUAGUUGUGACAGAACGUCGGCUGGAAAAGGAAAUAAGAUGAACUACCUCCCAGAAGAUGUUCAUCCUAGCACGUGUUCCAAAACAGUGCGUGGGGAAGAUGAAGAGAAGAUCAUGACGAGUUGCACUAUUACUGGCGGACUUGCAGGCGACGGCGAGGAGGUGUUGAUAUCGAAAAACAACGAGAAGGAGGACUACACCACCUCUGGCUCUGGCCAGAUGAAAAAGCAGCUGUACACCAUCCGCACUGCACUGCAUGGGAGUAGAGAGCUGGGGUGCUUCGCGAGUGAACUCAUCAAGCAGGGCACAGUUGUGAUCCAAGAGCAGGCUUUCGCAACGAUGUCAGUGCAGCGGGACAUCGUGCCGCGCGUUUUCUCCGACCCGGACCUGGCUGAAGCCUUUGCGUCGAUCGGGAGCAGCGGUGAGAUGGACGAAAGGUGCUUCGAGAUUCUACACGCAAAGCUGUUCGACGAGCGUUGUCCUGAUAUGCAUUGCAAAUAUGUCUGGAUCUGGAAGGGUGGGAUUUGUAAUGCUGUCCGCGGAGUCUAAAAAUAUCUGUGUUGCAUGAGCAGCAAGAGGGGUCCAGUUGUUGGCACGCGGAGAGGGCAUUUCUCAUGCGUGAUAAGAAUCAAGACGCUCUCAAAAAAUCUGUAAUGCUAGGACCACCUGCAUCACAGACCUCACGGGUCAUGCACAUGUGCAUGACAAACCUCGACUCUUCCGGACCCAGACACAUUUGCAUUUGAUACCUGAAGCGAAGAAGAAAUACAUGCAGCUGCACGACGCAUUCGCGGUUAAUGCGCGACCAAUCGGUAGCUCCGAAGCCGAACAUCAUCAGCAGGAACACGAUAGUUACACACUAUGAGAGUGCACAACUCCCCGUGGCCUUGCCCCUCAUUUGUAUAGCAUGAACGGCAAUACAAGCAUCAGCAAAAAUGCCGACUUUUCACAUACAAAUUUACACUGGAAUAUAGUGCUAUUUGGACUACCAGAACUUGUCAUGUAAGCAGUGCCAUAAGGCAGCGACUGGAAUGACAAACGAGAGAGAGGGGGAGUUGUGCUGUCAUACAAACGGUAUUUCUUUCAGAACGCGCCCGUGGGCAUCUUUGGCCUGCAAUCCGAGAGGGGCGCGAAGCUGAGCGGUACGAUCGGGCGCAUUUGUAGUGACCAGCCGAAAGUCAAGGAGGUUCUUGCAGAUGAGCAAAAGAUACAGAGCUGUAACACGACGGACGAAAACGGUCAAACAACCGCUCCAGCCGCCUUUUCGUCCACCGCACAUCAAACUACCCAAACACGAAAAGUCGUUGAGCGACGGUGGUGUGUGAAACUGUUGCCGUCCUCCGACAACAUGAUCUCGAGCUCCUACAAAGCCGAGGCAGGGAGGAGUUCCGAAGAAUCGAGAGAAGACACCGCAACGGUCGUGGAGCGACUGUGGCUCAAGGAAGAAAACCUGAAGACGCCCGGGGGAAUAUGGAAAACGAACGCUUUUGGGGACGGCCGGGAGGGUGGCAUUUUCGAGGACAUCUCGCGUUUGAACCACAGUUGCGAACCGAAUUGCAAGCAGCGGGUUCUUAUUCGAUUGCAAAUUUAUAUAGUGGUCUGGAUCUGGAAACAAGUUGUGAUGCUAAUUUUGUGCGAGUGCGGAUGAUAGGUUCGUGGAGUGCCGGCUUCCAAAACGAGGCCGCGUCCAAUACGAGGCCGCGUGUAUCAACAAGAAGUCCUCUUGUGGCGAUAACAACGUCUUGCUCUUGCUUAAGCCGCGUGACGAGUCGCAUUGUUGCAUGACAGGGAAAUAACUCAAGCGCAAGUGGCAAUCUCCGUGUAGGGCCGCGACGUGCAUGAUAAUUUCGUUUCUUCUCGCAGCCAGGCCUUAGAAGUCGGGUAAAACUCUGCCAGACCCAGACCACAUAUCUGCAUUCCAUCGCGCUGUGCGACACGCCGAGCAUCGUUGCGACUCGGGACAUAUCCAAUCGUGCAAACAUGUCUUUGUCGGGAAGGUGCUGAUGGUGAAGGUGCCGUGCCAUGCAGGGCCCCCUGCUAGUAGCAUGACAGGUGAUGGUGCCAACCCUUUGGAAAAAUCAUGCAUACUCUACAAGACGAGAAAUCUUCCGCUCUGCUCAGCGUGGCCAAACGUGGGCAGCCUUUGCGACUCAUGCAUGAAAGAUGCGUGUGCGUCUUUGUCUUUGACCACGGGUAAAGUAGAGCAUCACAAGUAGUUUGCGCCAGCCAAUAAAAUGACCCAGACACGUUUGCACCUCAUAGGACAUCGCAGAGGGUGAGGAGCUCACGAUCUGCUACACGAGUGAAGAGCUAAGGGCGAAAAAGGCAAGCGAAAGACGCGCGUGGCUCCUGCGAAAAUACAAUUUUCUGUGCUCUUGCAGGAAAUGCACUGCUGAGUUAGCACCUCCCGCGUUGGAGGAGGAUCAAGCGGAAGACUGCAACUACGAAAAAGGACCUGCAUUGCAAUUUGUAGCAGCUUCCGCGUAAAACCAGAGACUUUGAAAGUAUUGAUCUUCUUCUGACUGUACAACAUUUUACAGGACGAGCCAUGAACAUGAUAAAAUCGGAACAAGAAUUAUGGGUUCUUGGGGCUCUAUCUAGAAGAACAAUAAGUACACCAUCUAUCGUGAGAAUCGCCAUCUUCAUGUUCGCCAACAGAGUCACUGUAUGUGGUGCAACGAGGAGGCCAGCAUCUCAACCGGAAU